AUGUACUCCAAUAAAACUGAAUUUUUACAAAUAUUCACUAACAAUUAUUACACCCCAAGUAAUUAUACAAAUGUACAAACAACAAUAUUUAUCAUUUCAAUUUCAACUCUAGUAUUUAUAUACUAUUUUUACUGGAAGGUUCCAACUAAAAACAAGACCGUCAGCAGUGAUAAACCCCCAUUGCAAACCUUAAAAUCUUCAAAAUUAUUAUAUGACAAAUCAAAAGAAUAUCAACCAUUAAAACCCACACCUGUGACAGAUUUCCAAUGGGAUCAAAUAGAACCAAUAAAAUCAUAUCCUUUCAAAAAUGCUGAAUAUAAAUUAACCAUGGGGAUUCGUACUUUAGAUCCUCAAGAUUGGUUAUUAAUUGAACCAACUUAUAAAUCACGAAUUGAAACUAAAUCUAAAAUUCUUAAUAAUAAUCACCCUGAUUAUCCAUCUACAAAAGAUCUUCGAUCAUCGACAUUAUUUUCUACUCCGGAAGCCAUUCUUGCAAUUAAAGAAUUUUAUGGAAUUGUCAUGAAUUAUAUGUGUGAUAAAUAUCCCACUUGUUUCAAAAUACAAGAAGAUGAAAAUUUGAUUUAUAAUUUGAUCACCAAUAAAAAAUACCCUAUACCAAAUUCAAUUGAUGAUGUUGAAUUUGAUUCUUAUCAAUUACAAGAAUUUUUAGCUGAAAAUAUUGAAGAAGAUUUCAUCAUUUUAUUAAAAGAUCCAACUAGAGAAUCAGAAGAAAAUGGUGGUAAUGAAUAUUUUUUCAAAGCUGGAGUGUUUGCGUUUGCUGCUGGAUUUAAUCCUAUUGAUAGAUUUAAUACUCCAUUAUCAUUUAUUCAUCAUCCUAUUCCUGGUUAUGAAUCAAAAUUGAAAAUAUCCAUGAAUAGAUUUUUCAAUAGAUUAUCACCAGGUCAAUUUGUCACCAGACUGAAUUUUUCAAUUCAAACUCAUAAUAAAUUCUAUGUUGAUGAUUCUAAUAAAGGUUAUCAUAAUCCUAAAGGUGGUGAUGUUCUUGAACUGUUGAAAUUUGAAGAUUUGGAUUUUGAAAAUCAAGUACAUUAUAGAAGUGAAAGACAAGUAUUAACAAAAUUACCUAAAUCAGGUGCAAUUGUGUUUACAAUUAGAACUUAUCUUUUACCGUUGGCUCAAAUUAAAAGUGAGGGUAAAGAAGUUUGUGAUAGAUUAAUUGGUGCUAUAAAAGGAUUUCCUAAAGAUAUAGCUCAUUAUAAACGUUCUGAUGAAUGGGGCGAAGCAGUUAUUCAAUACCUAUCUAAAUAA